UUCUCUUCAUUCAUACAUCCUCUGCACCUCUAUCUCUCUUUGUAUCGACGAUUUUUCUAAUUUCUAAUCUCAAUUCCUUUGAGUAUCAAUUAAGCUAUGGCCACCGCAGCGCAGCCCAAAGCCAAGAAAACGGCCACCUCCAAGAAGCCCCUCUCCCACCCUCCCUUCGCUGUGAUGAUAACAGAGGCCAUUGCGAGUUUGAAGGAGAGAACCGGUUCGAGUCAAUAUGCCAUAACCAAAUUCAUUGAAGGGAAGCACAAGGAGUUGCCUCCAACCUUUAAGAAACUUGUCCUCGUAUAUCUCAAGAAGUCAGUUGCUGCCGGAAAACUUGUUAAGGUUAAGAAUUCCUUCAAGCUUGCUCCGACUAAGCCUGCUGCGGCUAAACCUGCUUCUGCUGCUGCUCCUAAGAAGCCCAAAGCUGUGGCCAAGCCUGCUGCCAAGCCCGCCACCAGGCCCAAAGCUGCUGCUGCACCUAAGAAGAAGGCUGUCACGAAGCCCAAGGGGAAACCCGCUGCUGCAGCUGCAGCUGCGAAGCCCAAGGCUAAGGCCACUAAGGUGGCGGCAAAGAAGGUGGUUGCCAAGGCCGCUAAGAAGACUCCGGUGAAGGCCGUGAAGAAGCCCAAGAGUGUGGUAAAGAAGCCAAAGAGUGUGAAAUCGCCUGCAAAGAAGGCUAAGAAGUGAGAGGAUUGGGGUAUUAUUUUGUGUUUUAGGGUUAUGUAUUUCAUGGGGAUUGUUAGUAUAGAAAGAUGGAUAUAUGGUUGGCAGAGUAUUGAUGUAAAUUCCUUUGGUAGAAAGUUUAACAAGUGUUAUUGUUUGCAUUGAAUACAAUUCCUGAUUGUUCAAUUUUAUUUC